AUGUCUGUUAAGAGGAAGAUUGGGGUUACCAGUGUGUUUAUGGUUGGAAUAUUCACGAUCGGCGCAGGAGUUGCGAGGACAUACAUCUAUCUCGUGACGUCUUAUGACAAGAAUGAUAACCUUGAUUUUAUUGCCGAUUUCACACUUUUCAUCCUGUGGUCGGAGAUCGAGGUCAAUGUGGCUAUGAUCGUUUGUUGCAUGCCAGUCUUUGGGCCUGUUCUUGGUCGGUGUCGCGAUAUUAUGUACCGCCGUUUUGGUCGGCCAAAGGAUGUCGAGUUUGGUCUACUUGGACAUUCUAUAUCGUCAUCGACGAACGACGGCAAGGUACACCUCAGCAGUUUCAGCGCUUCAACCGGGUCCUGUGCACACCACGACCAAGAAGCAAAAUUGCAUGGCUCACACGUGGGCAAGUCUCGGGCAUCAAGUUAUGCUAGCCAGGGGUAG